UUAUAGUAUUUCGGCAACUUUCUGUUCACUCUCACAAACGUCAAACUUUCUAAUUGUUAAUGUAAACAUGGCGAGCGAUCCCGACGAUUUUGACGAAAUAAUAGAAAAUCUCAAAACCACCGUAAGAGCAUCUUUCGCGCGAGUGUACGCUACUUUAAAAGCGAGAGAAUUAAAAACUUUACGACAACUUGAUGUAAUACGUAAACAAUGCCAAGACGACAAAGAUUUGAGAAGGAAUUGUGUUCAAAAUAUACAUAUAUGCUUCGAGAACAAGUCCACGUUGUUAGAUAAUGUAAGCAAGUAUGGUGUUAUUGAUUUUGAGAAGCUUAAUUUUGAUAGCAAUAUGUUUACCCUCGAAGAUUAUGUGAAUCCAGAGGAUGACCACAUGUACUCGUAUAAAACGAUAGAGGAAGUGACUAAGGAGGUCGGCGAAGAUGACUUAGAAGCUAUAGAAGAGGCUGCAUUAAAAGAGAUCACAUCUAAUGAGAACUGUGUGUGUUUUGUAAAUAUUAAGUCAGAAGAUGUGUCUAAGAAGUUUAGAGAUGUAGAACCUAACACACCUUCACCCGUCAAAGUAUGUAAAAGUAGUCAUAGUAGUUUUGAUAACAAUGAGAUUGAAUGUCCAGAGAGUGUUACAGAAGAUGAUAAAAGUGAUAGUUCUGAUAAUGAUGUGAAAAAAAUAGACCCCACAGACGAUUGGUUGAACUCUAUCAAAGGUCAGACUGAGACGGAGCCAUCCCAAGUGACGGAUGUGAUGGAGCACAGCACCAUAGCAUGUAUAUAGGCCAAUGUAGCAGUAGUAUUGAUAUGAAUUUACAUUUUACCAAUUAGUUGUUGUAAUAAAGUUUUAUAUUUUGUAUAAAA